AUGGCUGAUGCUUCGCAGCCGCCGGAGCCAGGUGGCUUCUUUCCAUCUCAAACUCUCCCAUCACCUGCUCCCAGCAGCACCUCCGCCCGCCCCAGUGCGCUUCUUCCGCAUCCUCGUGCCAGGUCGCUCCGACCCGGAUCGAACAAGGAAGAGACAGUCCGUAGAUAUGUUGAGGAACGACUGGCCAUGAUCAAUCGUCGCUAUGUCAAGAAGCACGGAAAUCCAGAGCCUGGUGAUCAGGUCGUCGGUUACAAAACCUUUGCCGAGCUUUGCAACGACCUGCACGGCGUCGUUGACGUCCUGUGGUUGUCCGGAACUCCGAGUAUACAGAUCCCCUUCCUCCUCAACAUAGCCAGUGAUUUUACACAGUGGAUUGACGCAUUUCCAUCUUCUCCCAAAGCUACGUUUUCAAUCUUGAAGAAGCUGGAUCAUUGUUUUGCAAGCAUCCUUACCGGCCGCGACAUAGAGACAAAAGAUACGCUACCCGGCUUUGAGAACGGCAUGAGAGCAGGCAUGUCUACGACAGAUAUGGUCCGUUGUCGGAGUUCCGUGGAACAGACCAGGUUGGUCAUUGUCGAGGUCCUUAGCAAGAAGCCGGAUGAGGACGACGAGAUGGAGGAGACUGAAAGUGAGACGGACGUCACAAUGGAUAACAACACUGAGAAUGACGACGCAGUCGACCCGGUAUGGGAUGGAGACGACGACGGAUUCUACCUGGACGCAACACGAGUCUAUGAGCUUACCAUUGUCCAACUGGGUGAGAGGUUGGGUGACGUCUUUGGACCCGCGGUCCCGGGUGCGAGCAACAACGCUCUUUGCUCUGCGGCCCCAUGA